AUGUCUACCGGUAGGUGUUGGACUUGCAGGCGUCGUCGUCUCAAGUGCGAUGGGGAGAUUCCCAGCUGCCGUAAAUGCCUGGACAAUGGAGUUGCAUGUCUUGGAUACGUCAAGCCCCUGACAUGGGUCGAAGGCGUGUCUGUUCGAGGCCCAAUGAAGAACCGAUCCUUUGGCGGGCAGCAGACAUCAGCCGAGGCAAAGCAUACGUCACAAAAAGUGAAUUCACACUCAUUACAACAACCUUCUGUUACGUACCAUGUUGCGUCUUCCCCGGAUCUUCCAGCACACUCUGAUGACGAGCUCACAUGUUUGGGGACCGAUUCGUCACAUUCAUCACCCCAGGCAUCACCAGGCGCUUUCUCAUCUUCCCACCUUACCUUGAGGCGCCGUCAUAACUAUUCAAGAAGUCGCUACUCUCCACCACCUAUGAUCGCGCUGACUGAGCCCCUUUUCCAAGACCUUGAUCUUGCCUCGAGAUUCUUCAUUGACUAUUUCUGGCGAGAUACUAUUGACAACAAAUAUCGUGGAAUCAUCCCUCUCGUUGCAUCGUCACCCGCUGUAGCAAGCGCAAUUCUGGCGGUUGCAUCUUGUCACUUUACUCAUGGCAUAAUGGGUAUACCUAUACUUAGUUUACGGUCUAAUACAACCACUGCUGCAGCACUUGAUGGAGAGAUGCCUAUGUUGCUCUCUAGCCCAGCCGAUGUUCAUCUCUCCAAAUCCACCCUUCUUAAUCACUAUCUACGAUCCAAAGCAGACUGUCUCAAACAUCUUGCAGCCGCCUUGGAAGAUGAGUCCAAAAACCAGUGCCACUCUACAUUGGUCACCAUCGUGCUCCUUACUAUUCUUGAAGCUUGUGAGAGUGGCGCCGGGUCCUGGACUAUCCAUCUCGAGGGUGCAAAGCGACUGUUGACGGAUAGAGCGAGGACCCAAAGCCAGCCUUGGCAUAUUGAUUCACCAGGCCUAGUUAACGAUGUAUCUGUAUUUCAAACUUUUGGGUCCUCGAUCACCCGGCCAGGGCUGUUAUCGUCGUCCUUCUCUACGCAUAUCAUACAGUCUAUGCGCCACGAUAACCUAGGUGUAUCACUAGUCGGCUGUCCUAGUAGCAUACAAUCAGCAGUUGAGUUCUUCUCCUCGCAACGACAGCUUGAUACGGGGGAGACGGAACCACCCAUUGACGUGAUGGGUCUCAGUGAAUCACUGCGUCAAAUUCGAGGAUUCGAUGUUGAAUCCUGGGCUGCCGCCGUCCCCUUGAACAAUAUGGACAAAGACACGCUGGUGGACCUGCAACAUAUUGGCACGAUCUGGAAGCUCGGGGCCGACAUAUAUGCAAGUCGAAUAUUUGCCAACGUCACUAGAGACUCGACCAUGCCGGUGCCUUCUGUCGAUGACCUCGUCGCAAAGUACCCAUUUCCCGAGCUUGAAGAUUUUGACCUGAUAAAGUGUGUGCUGUGGCCGACCUUCAUCGCCGGCGCGGCCUGCUCCAAGCUUGAGCAUAGAGAGUGGGCACUCAGGGUGUUCGAAAGGAUCUGGGAAGUUUCGCUGUCUGCGAACGCCAAGAGUGCGGCUUUGGUUCUCGUGAACUUGUGGAAGAAACAAGAUCUCAGAAAUGCACAGCUCUCCAACGAGUUAAUGGCUGGUAUGGAAAUUCAACACGGAGUGGAAAGAGACUGGCUAAGCGAGCUUUUAUCACUGGAGGAUGCAUGGCUAUUCCUCUAA